CAACGGCGCCCGCGUCCUUAGCAACCUGGAAAUAGGGCGGAACCAGGGGCGGUCGCGGAUUCUUCCUCUGAAUCUAUGCACCAUAUUAGUCUACGUCUCCCCGCCUACGUUAGCCUCCAGGGAUCUAGUCCCAGCUAGCGCACCUUCCUACCGGCCUGCAAACUCUCUAGGGGACGCGGGCGGAGCCCCCUCCCCUGUGAGCAUCCUGGGUGCCAAGCCCUGCUUAGUUGCAGUGGAGGGAAAGCAGCCCCAAAGUAGCCCUUGGGAAGCCCUGAAGAUCCAGACUGCCAGUUUCCAAGGCCAAGACUGCAGGUGUCUGGUGGGAACAUUCAAGAAAGUCAUGUCUUCUUCCUGGGACACCCCCUAUCGGAGAGCAGCAAUGCCUGAGACAGUGGUGAAAAUUAUCGGGAGUAAACAUUACCGAUUCCUGGUGGAAAAGCCAAAGAUGCAGGUGAAGGAGAACAUAACAGCCAAAGCUCAGCCUGAUCUGGGGCCAUUGGUUCCCCGUCAUGGAAGGCAGUUGGGGGAAAAUCCACUAGCUCUCAACAGCUUUGCUGAACCCAAAGUCAAGUUCAACCCUGAUUUCAGAGAGCAGAACAAAGUUGGAAACAAAGAAGACAAAUCCAUCUCUAUAGGAGCGGGCAACUCCAGCAGGCUUUUGGGCAGUGGUAUGCUAAAAUGGGCAGAUGCUCAGUGUAGCUCUGUGCCCUCCGGAGACCAGUCGCUGUCUUUCCUCCAUGGCCUCCCCAAACCCAGCCCAAUAGACUGGUCUUUGGAACACAUGUCUAGAAAUGGUCCAUGUGGGCUCGAGAGCCUUGGUCUGAGGUCAAGUGAAGAUGAGUCUCUUCUGGCCAUGGUUGGAAGAGAAUUUAAAGUGCACCCCCCAGGUCCCAAUUUGCUAGAGAUGCUGGAGAAAGAGUUGAAAGUUUUGGAUCCCAUCUCCUCUGGGCUUCUUCUUCAAUCCCAGCUGAGUCGACUGCUAAUAAAGCACGAGCUCCCUCUUCAGUUACCCACUGUCAAGUUGCUUUUCCAGAGGUUCACUCAGACCAGAUACUCAGAAUUGGUCAAUUAUAAAAAGCUGCUGUGGUUUUUAAGGUUAGCAGUGUCCAGAGAAACUCAAAGGAGUGAUCCCCCUGCUGAUGACAUCCCUGGAAAAAAAGAGAACAGCAACAAUCUUGGCCCAAGCUCAUCUUCUGAAGCCACUGAUAACAUAAUCGAGCUUCUCAGGAGUGCCCUGAAGACAUCCAAGGAUGAACUCAACCUUGAAAACCUUCACCUGAGUUUUCAAAAGGAAGACCAACCAUUUUCUGGGCACCUGCCACCCUCCAAGAUCAAACCUAUUUGUGAGAAACAUGGAUUGAUUUUGUCCCCUUCACUAAUGGAGGCUAUGGCUAGCCAUCAGGAUUUGAAUAUACAAGAUGAAAUCAAGUGGCAAAAGUUGAUGGAGUUCUUGGUCAAAGCUUCCUCGGAUGGGUCUUCUUCUUUGCCCCAACCUUCAGGAACAGAGAAAGAGGAAGUUCCAUUCAGUGUUGCAGCUACUAAAGGUUCAGAGGCAGUUCAAAGCUUGACUGAAGAUCUUAAGCAGACAGAAGAUGGGGAGCCACCACCUGCGAACCCAGCUUUGGAGACAAGGGCCAGCAGGCAGAUCCGACCAGCCUCACAGCCAUACCUGAGCCAACUUGGGAAUGAGGAGACCCAGCGUGAGACAUGGAUGGACCGGUUCCGAAAGCUAGAAAAUGCCCUCUACUUGUGUGAUGUGAACCAUACAGGUGUACUGGAGAAGGAGCGAGCCAGGCGUCUCAUGCACAACUACAAUCUCAUUUACAACCUUGCCCUCAGCCCUCUGAAAAUUGAUCAGGCAGUCCGGAGGUUCCGUGUAGGAGAGAACCUGCUCUUGGAGCCAACACUACGGUACCUGAAGGAGCUGUGACACGUGCCCAGAUCAUCAUGCUAACAGCUGUUGCUGUGUCUCCCUUCUUGUACCCAGGGACACGUUUUUCAGAGUCUGAGGAUGGGAGAGAUGAAGUGUUCCCAGGGAGGUGCAGUCGGCGUAAGCAUCCUGGGCGUACUUCUCAUGGCCUUCCUGGCUCAGACCAACCCCCUUUUACCGAAUGACAUGAAGGCGGGGAGGCUUUAUUUGGUUUGGGUGAGAAUGUAAUCAGGACUGUCACCAACCAGUCCAGCCACUCCCUCAAAGUAUGACUUUUAACCUCUUGGCCUCAGUUUUCUCCUUUAUAAAUGGUGGUGGUGAUGAUUAUGGGAAUGUAGACUAGGUAAUCUCUUAAAGCACCUUUUAUCUAUUACACUGUUUAUUCAGGAUUCCAAUUGGCUGGUCCAGGUUCUGACAUUCUGUAAUAUAAAUUUCUAUGCUCUAACAUUCCUUGUUCUAAGUCUCCAAUGUUCUCUGUUAUAAGUUCUCUCUCAGCUCUGAUGUAAUAUGUUCUAAGGACCCUCCUAGCUCUGACAUUCUUUGUUCUAAGGUCUCUGCCAACUCUAACACUUCUAUGACUUGAAGCCCCCCCCCCCAGCUCUAACAUUCUUUCUUCUGUGUUCUAGUCAUCCAUAUUCAAAGGAGCAGCCAAUCUCUCGCUUUUUGUGUCUUAAGAUCUCUUUCCCCUCUAACAUUCUAUGAUUUGUUUACCUUCAUUCUAAGUUCUAAGGCUCAGUGCAGCUCUAACAUGCAGUGCUCUAAUAUAUUUUGUCCUGUGCCCUGUCAUUCUAAGGACCCUACCUAACAGUUCAGACACUUUGAUUUUGUAGGGGAUUUGAUGCAUUUUCCCAGAAUUAGUAUAUUACCUGACACGCAUUAGGUUCUUAAUAAAUGCUAAUUGGUUGAUUGAUUUAUCCUAAGAUCCCUUGCAGCUCUGACAUGCAAUACUCUGUAUUCUAAGCAUUCUAAGGUCCAUAUUCUCUUUUUCUGUGAACUUUCCUGCCACUGGACUCAAUAGCUAUGUCCCUGUGGGCAAGUUAUUUCAUCUCUCUAAGGAUCUAUUUCCUCAUAAAAUGUCCAUGAUAACAUCCGGAGUAGCCCAACUCACAGAGUUGUUAGGCGACUCCAGUGGGAUAAUGGCCAUAAAGUGCUUUGUAAGUUGAAAACCCUCAAGAUAUGGCUCGAGAUAUGUUAUGAUCAGGAUGGGGAUGCUCUGAUAUUCUAUGUUCUAAGCUUCACUUGAGCUCUCACAUUCUGUCUGUGACUUGGUAAGGAUCAUCAGGGCUUUUGGCCACUUGAGGAAUCUCUAGGAGCCAGCUGAGGUCCUAUUAUGAUUAAUGGCAUUUAUUUCUAAUUAUUAUGGAUUAAAUUAUAUUAUAGGAAUCAUAGCAAUGGGAGAGAGAGGGAGAAAGAAAAUUUUUAAGAACUUAGCCUAUAAGAGAAAGAUGACUUCCAUCAGAAAAUUAGUCUCCAAGUUGGACAGUUCUUAAGAAACCAUCUAAUCCAACAUACCCCAGCUCAGCCCAUGACUCCAAUCCUAUCACUGUGGAAAGAUAAAGUAUACCUUAGAUGGAUGGAUAUGUAUGAUUUUACUGGAGAAGUAGGUGGUGUAGUAUAUAGAGGAACUCAGCUUCUAAGUUACUAGUUGGGUGGCCUAGUCAUCCUUGAACCUUUGUUUCCUUAACUUUAAAAUGGAGAUAUCAAGAGCCUAUACCUACUCACUGGGUUGUGACAAAGCUCAAAUGAAAUAAACCAUGAGAAGUAUUUCAUAAGUAUUAAAGCAAACAGGAGCUAUAAUUUCUCCUCAUAAAGAGAUGGGAGUUAUCUAUUGUUUGUCCCCUUGUUGGCAGAAUAAUGAAAGCAAGGGGACUGGAGUUCACCCAAGAAUGGAAAGACCAAGUUUCAUGCCAUCAUACUCAAUAUAUUAAAAACAUACCCAAUAGACAUGUCACACUUCACUCUGUCUAAAGCCCCCAAAUCUAGUGCCUGCUAUGUCCACCAACUCCAUCUAUUUCAAUUCCGGGUGCAUUUAAAGGGAUUAAAUGUUUGUCGAAUUUAGAACUAGAAGGGGCCAGUCCAACUCCAUCAUUUUACAAAUGAGCAUCCUGAAACCCAAGGGGAGAUGUCCUGCCUUAGGUUACAGCUAGCAAAUAAGUAUGGCAGGGAUUGGAAGCCAUCUUCCUGGUUACAAUAUUACCCAGCUGAAAGAAAAAUAAAAUAAACCAUAAUUAGUGCUAUGUCCUUCUCACCUCCCAAGUUGCCAAUCCACUGGUUAAAGCUUCAAGGAUCAAGAUAUUUGAGACCAAAGAGUUCUCAUGAUUGGUGCAAUCUCUGUUACCAUGAAUUAAGAGGAAGGUAACAUGCAGAUGCUGGCCAUAUUCCCAUUUUAUCUUAACAUCUUACUAUUCAUUCAUUAAUUCAUUCACCAAACACUUUUAUAUAUUUGUAUGAGUAACUGUGUUAAAACUAAGGUGAAUGAUUCUGAACUUAGAGAGCCUGUUUCAAAUCCUGUCUCUUAUGCAUACUGUCUGGCUGACUUUGGACCAGUCACUUAAUUUCUAUGGGUCCCAAUAUUCUCAUCUUUAAAAUAGUUAAGCUAACUAUCCUUUGAGGUCCUUUCCAGUGAUUAAUCUAUUUUCAUGAGUUACCCAUGAUUUAUUUAGAUAUUAAUUUAUUUUACUCUGAAUAGACUGCAAUAAUUUGACUUGUAGAAGAAAAAUUAAAAUUUGAAAAUUCUACUUCAAUAAUAAAAGAAAUGGUCUGCCAUUAUCCCAGUUUUGGGCCAUAAUUGUAGAAGGGAUCCAACAAUCACUGAUGUUUGUGGUGUCAAUGUAAUAAGAGUAUUAAGCUUUUGAUUGAUCUAAAAAUCCUCUCCCUUUUUCUUUGUCAAUGUUGAGAUUUCCUUUCUGAGUAUCUCUGGGCACAUCUAGUAUCUCAUGAUGGUUUAUAGUUGCUGUGAAACCUGAAUAAAAACUUGCUAACUCAUCA